AUGCUUAAAAAAUGCCAUAAUGAAGGAAACAGGACACUGCAGAUUAAGUUUGUCCUCAGAGGAAUAACAGAUCGUCCAGAGCUGCAAAUCCCACUGUUCCUGGUGUUCUUCUCCAUCUAUGUCAUCACCAUGGCAGGAAACCUUGGCUUAUUCUUUCUCAUCUGGAAGGACCCCCAUCUUCACACUCCCAUGUACUUUUUCCUUGGAAAUUUAGCCUUUACUGAUUUCUGCACUACAUCCUCUGUGACUCCAAAGAUGCUUAUGAAAUUUUCAAAUAAGAAUGGCAUGAUAUCUCUGGGUGAGUGCUCUAACCUAUAUUACUAUUUUUGUUUCAGUGCAACCACAGAAGUUUUCCUAUUGGUUGCGAUGGCAUAUGACCGCUAUGUAGCCAUAUGCAAUCCUCUGCACUAUGCAGUUGUGAUGUCCAAAAGACUCUGCACUGUGUUAAUCAGUAUGUCAUAUAUAAUUGGCUUUCUAAAUCCUGCAAUUCUUAUAGGACUGUUAUCCAGAUUAACAUUCUGUAGGUCUAAUAUUAUUGAUCAUUUCUACUGUGAAAUCUUGCCACUCUAUACACUCUCUUGCACUGAUCCAUCACUUCAUGCAUUGGUGACUUUUAUUAUUGCUUCUUCCAUACAAAUCAACACCUCUGUGGCCAUUGUAGUCUCUUACGCCCGUGUCCUAUUUGCUGUCCUGAACAUGAAGUCUAAGAAGGGCAGAAAGAAAGCCUCGUUCACCUGUAGUGGGCACCUGCUCUUUGUCUCUUUGUUCUAUGGCACUCUCCUCUUCAUGUAUGUGAGUCCUGGGUCUGGACCAGGUAAAAUCCAGGAUAAAAUGUAUUCACUGUUCUACACAGUUUUGAUUCCUCUGCUAAACCCUAUUAUUUAUAGUUUAAGAAACAAAGAAGUUUUAGGUGCACUGAAAAGAAUUAUAAAAUGA